GUAAGCAAAAUUCUUACUUGCGUUCAAAAUAUCUCCGUUUGUUGGUAAGACGGUUUCAGCCAUCUCUAUUCUGUAGGAGCUGAUUACUGAUAAUCUCUCAGCACUUGAAUUGUCAUUAUAACAAAUAAAUUUGGUUUUCUAGCUUCUUACUUUGAGAUAUAUAUAUAUUUCCUGGAGAAACGUGGUUUUGGUGUCGUUGAAGCUUUGGAAAAUGGACUAUGAGGACGGCCUGAACAAUCUCUUCUUUACUUGAUGUCACAAACACCUCUUCAUGUGCAACCGGAUGUAACAAUACCAGUAUUGUAAAAUACCUGCUCGAGCGGAAAGGUGUUGAGAAAAUUGAGUUGGAGGCAUAGAACAUGUAUGGUGAGACACCGUUUCAUAUGGCAGCAAAAAAUGGCUGUAGCGAAUCUGCAAGACUCCUACUGGCACAGGGUGCUUCACUUGAUGCAAAAGUUAACAAUGGGAUGACUCCACUACAUCUGGCAGUUUGGCAUGCACUACGGGCAGAAGAUUGUAAAACUGUGAGCACAUUGCUAGAAUACAAUGCCAAUUGUAGUGCCAAACAUAAUGAGGGCAUGACCCCUUUAAAUCAUCUCUCGGAAAGUGCUAGUAGAGAGAAACUUCGAGGACUCCUUAUCAAGCACAUGGAAGAGCAAAGGAAAUGCAAAGCUAUUGAGUCUUGUAGUGAAGCAAAAGCUAAGAUGGAUGAGUUUAAAUCAGCUAUUUCAGGUAUUAUUGGAUUGCAAGAUCUCAAAAUGCAAUUGCGCAGAUGGGCGAGGGGCAUGCUUUUUGAUGAGAAGAGAAGAGCAUUUGGAUUAAAUAUGCUCCAAGAAGGCCUCCACUUAUGGCUUUCCUUGGUUACCCUGGAACAGAUCUGUGAAAUCUUCAUACUGUUAGACUAAAGAUCCUGAUGCUACAUCAAACAAUUUCCCCAGAUAAGUGAAGCAAAGGGAGGAAUUCUUUUUGUAGAUGAAGCUUAAAGAUUGAUUCCAAUGCAAAAAGCAGACGAUAAGGACUAUGGCUUGGAGGCACUAGAAGAAAUUAUGUCUAAUGGAUAGUGGUAAAGUGGUGGUGAUUUUUGCUGGGUACUCAGUGCCAAUGAAACGCGUGAUUGAAUCAAAAAAAGGUUUUUGUAGAAGGGUGACUAAGUUCUUUCACUUCGACAACUUCCGUUCAACCGAACUCGCUCAAAUCCUUCAUCUCAAAAUGAAUAACCAGGACCAGAACAGUUUCCUCUACGGAUUCAAGCUCCACUCGCCCUGUAGCAUCACGGCCAUUGCAGAGCUGAUCAAUAGUGAGACGACUGAGAAACAGAGGAGAGAGAUGAAUGGAGGACUAAUAGAUCCAUUACGUGCAAAUGCUCGUGAAAGUUUGGAUCUUCGACUUUAUUUUGAUUGCACCGACACUGACGAGGUAGUGACAAUAACAAUGGAGGAUCUCAAACUUGGUCUUCAGCUGCUCACUCAUUGAUGAUUCUUCUAGGCUUCUUAGAACAUUUUACUUCUUGUAGCCAGAGCACAUACCAGGCAUCAAAUGCUAAGUGUCGAUAAGCUCGAUUAUUUUGUUAAUAUAAUUUUUGGAAUGGCCUACUUUUUUUUUUCAUUUCAGAGGAAGAAUAUUUGGCGAUGGAUUAAGGAAUGUUUCAGUGUUUGAAACCUAUAAUGUAAUUUGUAGAUUGGAUUUGAUUCUAUAAUGGCAUUAU